AUAAUGUUUCGUUCAGUCAAGUUCAAGCGAGUCUAGCGUUCUGACCGUCACCGUCGUCAUCAUUAUAUUUACGAUUACGGCGGAAUCGUUGCUCCCACGCGUUCCCUACUAUUCAUGAAACCGUCGAGGAACCUGAAAAUCGUGAUCCAGUGAUCUACGCGUACGGCACGGUAACGUUUCGCUCCAAGAGUGCAUUUCUUCUAUCCAACUUUUCAACGUGUUCUGCUAUACACGCAUGUAUUUUUAUGUAUAACGAAUUUUGAGUAUUCGUUCAAACAAGUAUAUCAAGAUAGUUAUGCUGCAUGCAUAUCUUCAGUGACAUUCGUUACGUUUUCAAAUUUGAUUUGUGUUAAAGUUGGAUGAUGCUACCAAUUAAGGACGAAGGAAUAAUCGCAAAUUCGAAAAUAGAUUCUUCGAUCAAUAUUUGGUUUUAUCUCAGCAUUGAAUUUUUGAUUGGCGCUAUAAUUUCUGGUUUUUUAAGUAUUCUUAAUACUAUAAAAUCACUGCUACCAAAGCCACCGAGGAGUCUGGCCGGCGAUGUAGUCUUAAUUGCUGGUAUUUCGUCGACGCUCGGCGAAUCCCUCGCCGAGAAAUUCAUAAAAGGCGGAUGUUCCGUGAUCUGCAUGGAUAAGGAUCUUAGAUACGUUGAAGAGAUAAUCGCCAGAUUGAGAUCGCGAUGUUGCAGGGUGGAGGGAAUCGGACCAAAUUACAGGAAACACGAGUUGGAAAAUGAAAAACCUAUAAUAAUGACGUACGAAUGCGAUCUAUUGGAUCGUAAUGCUAUCCGCGAGAUUGCCAGGAAGAUCGAAGACGAUAUUGGGGGCAUCGAUGUCCUGGUGACUUGUGCUGGCCAGCCUAAUCAAGAUAUUUUCGACAUGGCUAGCACAACUCUCAUGAGCCACUAUUGGACGAUGCUAGCAUUUUUGCCUUUGAUGUUGCGACGUGAUAGAGCGUACGUUGUCGGAGUUACGCCGGUUGCAUCCUCUCAGGAUGUAUACUUGGGUUCGAGAGCAGCAAUCGCCGGUCUGAUGGAAAGCUUGGGUCAAGAAUUGAGCGAUCACAGGAGUCACCUCACCUUUCUGGCAGUUUCACCAGUAGCGGGACAUGAUUAUACGAGACAAAAAGAGCAACAAGUGGCUGAGGAAGUCGUACAAGCGGUCAGCAGGAAUCAGAGCGUUAUCGAUGUUAGUUGGUGUUCGAAAAUGCUAUACAGAAUAAGUUGCAUGAUCCAUAGUGGAAUAACAACGGUCACACAAUGGCUUCACACGCAGGGAUGCGAUUAUUCUUUUUAAAUUCCGUACUUGCUCAUGGAGCGUGAAACAUUCCAGUGUUAGCCACCGACAUGAGUGUGGGAAUUUGUGUUUUCUAUCAGCGAAUUCGCUCGAGAUGGAUAGCAAAAAGUUUUAAUGGUCGUUCAGAAGACGAGCAGCAAGUAUUUUCUCACGAUUUGUGUGAAUCGGUAAAUUUAUCCAGAUAUAUUCAAAUCAAUUAAUUGUUCAUAAACAAAAUAAAAAAAGCAUUAAAAAUUAACAUUAAUUAA